GUUUUCUCUUCGCCUUUUCCUCCCCUACUUUUUCCUGCUACUGUUCACGCUCUACAGUACGGAGGCUCCUACGUGCAGGUAGCUCCCAGGACCAGAUCCGAACCCUAACCCUAGCCAAUUUGGUCGGUGAUGGAAGAGCACGUGCCUCGAGGCGGCGGCGGCGGGAGGCCCCCGAUCCCGGCGGCGGCGGCGAGGAAGCCGGCGCUCGCGCGGCACUCCUCUUUUGUGAGGAGUCCUGCAAACAAUACAAAGCCUGCAACUGAGAGAGCUUUUGAAGGCAUGGACACUGAAUUUAUCCCUAUUGUACGAUCUGGUGGGUGGGCUGAUAUUGGCUCCAGGCACACAAUGGAGGAUGUCUUUAUCUGCUUUGAUAAUUUCAUGCAAGAUUUUGGAAUUGAAAGUUUUGAAGAAGGACCCAGUGCCUUUUAUGGGAUUUUUGAUGGGCAUGGUGGAAAGCAUGCAGCUGAUUUUGUGUGCAGUAAUUUACCAAGGUUUAUUGUCGAGGAUGAGGAUUUUCCUAGGGAGAUAGUGAAAGCAAUGUCCUCUGCAUUCUUGCAGGCUGAUGCUUCUUUUGCAGAUGCUUGUUCUCUGAACUGCUCUCUUUCUUCUGGUACAACUGCUCUUGCAGCACUUGUGGUUGGGAGAUCACUUCUGGUCGCGAAUGCUGGUGACUGCCGAGCAGUACUUUGUCGUCGUGGAAAGGCAAUUGAGAUGUCCAGGGAUCACAAACCAUCUUGCAACAGGGAGAAGAUACGUAUUGAGGCAUUGGGUGGAUAUGUCGAUGAUGGCUACCUGAAUGGGCAGCUUAAUGUCGCUCGAGCAAUUGGGGACUGGCAUAUGGAAGGCAUGAAGGCAUGUGGUGGUCUUGGUCCUCUUACUGCCGAGCCUGAGGUAAUGACAAUGGAUCUAACUGAUGAGGACGAAUUCCUGAUCAUGGGCUGUGAUGGGAUCUGGGAUGUAUUCCUCAGCCAAAAUGCAGUAGAUUUUGCUCGCCGUAAGCUCCAAGAACACAAUGACCCGGCUGCCUGCUGUAAAGAACUAGUUGAUGAGGCCAUUAAGAGGAAGAGUGGUGAUAACCUUUCUGUGGUUGUCGUCUGCUUCAACUCUAGGCCGCCUCCUGUUCUAACAACUCCUAGGCCUCGUGUACAGAGGAGCAUAUCUGCAGAAGGCCUGAGAGAGCUGCAGAGCUUCCUUGAUAGUUUGGCCGAUUGACAUGGGGUUCUAGCAGCCCCACUAUAAGUUUUGACCUUUUCCAUAGCUUAGCUUGGAAAAUAGGUUUAGCAUGUGCUGUCUCAUAACUUCGCUGAGAUGGCUGCUGUUGAGUAAUCUAGAGUUGUAAAAUAUGCUGCGGCUAACUGUGUCAGCAGUUGAGAGCGUUUAUCAGUUGAGAGUAUUUAUCAGCAUGUUGACUUUGUGAGUCCUGAAUGAUUAGUCGGCAUUUCUUAGGUCUCCAUAAAUCGGUGGUUCAUCGUUGUAAAAGGCUGUUAAUGCCCUUGGAUAUUUUCCUGUAUUGUUCGCUUUGGACAAGUUAUUAACUGGGAAAACUGCUGUUUUUGCUGCG